GGUUAGCAAGGCAUGAUUACAGUAGUAGAGAUGUUUGCUGUGCACAAGUGACGACGAUAGGUCCCCUGGGGAAGAAGUUUGUGGAAAAAAAUUAAAAGUCCCUUGGGAUGAAUAGCCGCGUAAUGCAGAUAUUUGGCUUCCUCUUCAACGUGCUGGGCUGGAUCUUUGUGGCAUGCACCUUGGCCAUGGAGUUCUGGAAGAUCUCUUCCAUUGGCGGCCAGGGUGGCUCCAGUGUCAUGAAGGUAGCUUGGUAUUGGGCUAGUCUGUGGAAGUCCUGCUACACUGACUCCACCGCCAUCACUAACUGCAUCGAUUUUCCUGUGUUCUGGUCUGUGGAAGACCACAUCCAGGUGGUGAGGGGCCUGCUGAUGGGUGGGCUUAGCAUGGGGAUCCUGGCCUUCAUGCUGAGCUUCAUGGGCAUGGAAUGCACCUACAUCGGCGGACAGGAGCAGCAGAAAAAAAGGAUACUCUUCUCAGGCGGAUUCUUCCACAUUAUCAGCGGUAUGCUGUCCUUCACAGGCUAUGUGUUCUAUGCAAACCAGGUCUUUGUUGAGUACUUCAAUCCCCUUUUCAAGGGACUGAAAUUUGAUUUAGGAACUCCUCUGUUCCUCGGUUGGGUGGGUUCAGCGCUCGAGAUCACAGGGGGCACCUUCCACUGCAUCUCAAUCCUCAAACUUCUCUGUCAGAAAAGCCAGCCCAAAACCACUACUGACCUGAUACCAGAGGAGUCAGAGAUUGAGGAUCUCAAACUGAAUGAGAAAUCCAGCUCAAAGUCCGAACUGUCCUUCAAAUCAAAGACCUCCUUGAAGUCGGAAAUAUCCUUCAAGUCUGAGGCUUCCUCUUCCAAGGCCAAAGUGGCCUUGGUGUCAGAUUUCACAACCAUGUCCCAGCUCAACCCCGACUCUGAACUGAGCUGUGUGCCACAGCUCUCUGACCCCAUGAGGGCCAGUGGAGCAGUGAACCAGCAAAACAAGAAAUCCUACGUUUGACAUGUGACAAUGAACAAGCCAAAGACUCUGUAAGGAAAUACAAAAUUCUGUGAGCUGAAGAAAUUUAAAAAUGCAUUGCCCCAGUACACUAUAACAACAAAAAGUACUUCUGGACUAUUAAUCAACAAUGGGCUCAAUGGUCUUAUUACAGCUUAACAUAUAAAUAUCCCACAGUACAGUGACCAAAGAGGCCUCUGAUGUAGAGGUUGCAACAUCUGCAUUUAGAAGCUGCUCCAUACAUUGACUCUAGUGUGAUUAUGUGCCUUGAAGAGCAUAAGGGAUCUUCUUGAGUUGACGAAGGCUAGUUACUGUUGCUUUCCUCUGUAUACUUUGCUGUGCCAUAGCAGGAUAUUAUGUCAAUGACUUCUGAUAAUUCUGUUAAAAAUGGUCUUAAGCUUUCUGUGUUUCCUGAUCAUUCUUAUGCACUGUACUGUAUAACUUCCCCAUAUAAUAUCUUCAGGCCCAGUGCUGAGUUUAAACAGCUAAAUUGCUUUUUCUCUGCAGGAUCUCACACACUACAGUCAGACCCCAUGAAUGAUUCAGUUAUUGUUUCCCCUUGAAAUGGCCUUUGUGAGGUUAUCCGUAUGCUUUACAUCAUUUAAUAAAGGAGACUGCACAAUGACCUCA